AUGGCGGAGAUUGCUAUUCUUCUUGUCAUGAAAAAGAUAACCAUAGCUCUAGCAGAAGAGACACUAAGGUCCGCUAGACCUUUGCUUGCAAAGAAAUCUCAGUCAAUAACAGAACUACCGUGUGACAUGAAAUUGAUUAAGAACGAGCUCGAGCUUAUUCGUGCUUUUCUUAAUGAAAUAGACAGGAAAGGUGAGGUCAUAGAAACUUGGAUAGGACAAGUCCGAAGAUUGGCAUUUGAUAUGGAAGACAUUGUGGAUCAGUUUUUCUAUGUAGUCGGCAACAACAAUCAGAAAAGAUCAUGGUGUGAUCAUGUCAAGAAAAUUGUGAAGAAACCUCAAUCAUUGUUUUCAUUGGAUGAAAUUGCUAUUGAAACUAAGAGAAUAAAUCAAGAGCUUAAGCAACUUUCUGAAAGUAGAAACCGUUGGGCCAAACCAUUAGAUUGUGGAACUACUACUCCAGUAACAAGCUAUGAAACUGAACCGUAUCUUCCUGGACAUGAUUACUCAAUCAACGAUGAUGAUCUUGUAGGAACUGAUAAAAAUAAACAAACCUUGAUUGGUGCAUUGCAUUUUGAAGAUCAUUUGCUGCGGAUCAUUGCUGUGUGGGGUAUGGGUGGCAUAGGAAAAAGCACUCUUGUCAACGAUGUGUACAAAAAUGAACUAUCUAGCUUUGAUUGUCAUACAUGGGUUUCUAUCUCUCACAAAUAUAAGCUGGAAGAUAUUUGGAGAAACAUGCUGAGUGAUCUCCUCCGAAAAGACAAGAAAGAAUUUGAUGCUGAGAGCAUGAACAGUACAUAUCUAAUAGACGAGUUGAAACAGAUUAUGAGUAACAAGCGGUACUUGGUCAUAUUAGAUGAUGUCUGGACGACUGAAGUUAUUUUAAAACUCAGGAAUAUUCUUGUCGAUAAUGGACUGGGAAGCAGAGUAAUAAUCACCACAAGAAUGGAGGAAGUUGCUUCAAUGGCUGAGGAUGGUUGUAAGAUCAAAUUAGAGCCUCUAAAUGACCAUGAUGCAUGGGUUCUAUUUUGCAGGAAGGCAUUUCCAAAAAUUCAGAAUCAUAUCUGCCCUCCAGAUCUACAUCAGUGUGGUAAAGAUAUAGUGGAGAAAUGUGACGGUUUGCCAUUAGCCCUCGUGGCGAUAGGCAGUAUAUUGUCCCUAAAAAGGAAGAGUGUUAAAGAGUGGAGACUCUUUUUUAAUCAACUUAUUUGGGAGCUACAUAUCAACGAGAACCUAAAUCGUGUGGAGAAAAUUUUAAAUCUAAGCUAUAAAUACCUACCGCAUUACUUGAAAAAUUGCUUCCUGUAUUGUGCUGUUUUCCCAGAAGAUUAUCUCAUAGGCAGAAGAAAUUUGACUUGGAUGUGGAUCGCCGAAGGGUUUAUUGAACCAAAUGGAGCAAGCAGCUUAGAAGAUGUUGCUGAUGGUUAUGUGGAUCAACUUGUCAAUCGAAGCAUGCUUCAAGUUGCGUCCCGGAACAGCUUUGCUAGAAUAAAAUGUCUUCGUAUGCAUGAUCUUGUUCGUGAACUAGCCAUUUUCCAAUCUACAAAAGAGAGUUUUAGUACAAAUUAUGAUGAAAAUCAUGGGGUAAUGGUGGAUUUUGAUUCUCGUCGUUUGUCGGUGCUUCAGUGCAACAAGGGCAUCCCAUUAAGUAUAUAUUCAUCCAGGCUUCGUGCGUUCAUAACAUUUGACACCAGCAUGGCAUUAUCUUCGUGGUACUCUUCUAUAUUGUCCAAAUCGAAGUACCUAGUGGUAUUAGACUUGUCAGACUCACCUAUUGAAACCGUUCCUGAUUCAGUUGGGGAGCUAUUUAACCUUAGGUUUUUGUGUCUCAACAACACAAAUGUGAAGGAAUUGCCUGAAUUUAUUACAAAGCUUCAAAAUUUACAAACAUUGAGUCUUGAGUGUACACAAUUGCUGAAGUUCCCUCAAGGUAUGUCAAAACUGAAGCAAUUGCGUCACCUACUUUUUUUCAAAUUGAUAGAUGCAACAUAUAAAAGUUUCAAUAAUUGGGAAUCUAUGGAGCCAUUUGAGGGCUUGUGGACUUUGAAGGAAUUACAGUCUUUGAAUGAAAUCCGGGCAACUAAUGUCUUUGUUGCAAAUCUUGGAAAUUUAUCCCAGCUUAGGGUCCUUAGCAUUUCUGAUGUAAAGAAUAGCCAUUGUGCACAACUGUGUGAUGCUUUAUCAAAGAUGCGCCACCUCUCAAGACUAGAAAUAAGGACCUGGAACGAAAAUGAGCUGCUCCACCUGGACAAUUUGGAACUUCCAAAUCCUCUUCAAGUGCUUGAUUUGUAUGGGCGUUUUUCAGAGGGUACUUUUGAAUCUCCAUUUUUCUUAAAUCAUGGAAGUGAACUUUAUCUAAUAAGUCUGAAGUAUUGUCAGCUCACAGAGAACCAGUUAUCACAGCUCUCUAGAUUGUCAAAAUUAACUUAUUUAGAUCUCACUAGGGCGUACACUGGGCAGCAACUACAUUUCAAUGCUGAUUCGUUCCAAAACCUUAAGAAGAUUCUUUUGAAGGAUUUGCCUCAUGUCAAUCAAAUAUGCAUAUAUGAUGGAGCUUUGGUAAAUCUCGAAUAUCUUUAUAUGGAUAACCUUCCAGAACUGCAGGACGCCCCUAUUGGGGUCGAUUUUCUUGCAUCCCUCAAAGAGGCAUAUUGCAUCAAUAUGCACGGACAGCACGGUGCUUUUGCAAGCAAUUUUUGGAAGGCAAAGCUAGACCAUAUCCCGAAUGUCUACUCAACAACUGAAGGCAAGUGA